AUGGACCGGUCAACUUCACCCAUAGUCUUCUACAACCCUGAAGGCAUUCGCAAGAAGCCUGCGAGUCAACCACAUCGUGUGGCUAUCAGAUGGAUUCAAGAGUUUCCGAACCAGGACCCGGCGGCAUUUCGUGAAAGUUCAAACAGACCAGUUGUCGAUGAAGAGUCUGAAGCGAUUCGCGAAUCCAGGAUCUAUCGAAGGACAGCAACAGGUGAACGGCAACUCAGAGCUCCCUUGUUGAAUGCUUAUCUCCUUGCGGAUGCGCCGCUUCGAUUGACCAUCGGAUCUCAACGUGACCCAUUUUCUACCUUGCCAGUACCAUGGAAGCCUCCGUAUGGCAUUAUUACGAGUUAUUCUCCAGCCAUUGUGGCCGAGAGCUUUGAGCCAGAAGGCAAAACCCGGCAGGAAGCACUUGAAGACAUCGAAUGGCCAAUGGCGUUGUCCGUACAAACAAACGAUCCUGCCCUCUUCUUUGCCGCUCUUGCCAUGUCAUGUGUGCAUCUGCCUGAAACGCACGAGUUCAGUCCUCAGAGUAAUCCUUUCUUCUUCCGCUGGCUUUCGUCCAAGUGUGUUGAAUUUCUCAACAAAUCGCUUUCGAACCCUUCACGCGCAUGCAGCGACGGAACGCUGGUUGCCGUGACCUUCAUAUCCUUCUGCGAGAGUAUGGCUGGGAACCACCGUAUCGCUGCUACCGUUCACCAACCAGGUUUACGGAAUAUGGUAAACACGCGUGGCGGCCUUGACUCGAUUGCCAAGGAAUCUGCCGUUGGCGAGAGGGUCACUAAAGCGAUAUCUGCCCUGGACAUAGUUGUCGCUUCCAAGUUUGGAUCCACACCGAUAUUCGAAGAUUCAUAUAUGCUCGCCCUGCAAGACGUAGAGAUGACGAAUAUCGUGUCAAGGAUCAAGAAGACAGCAGAAGGCCGUCUGGACCCUUCUUCUCCAAUGCCUCGGACAGUGAUUCUGACCCAGCGACUCAAAGAUCAUGAUAUUUUCCAGUCGCCCAGUCGGAGCAGCCCUGUCCCUCUCUCAGAAAUUAAAAGCCCGGUCUCACCAAACCUCGAAAAGGCAUACGACGCACAAGAUCCGUUCUGA